AAUGCUCGUGCAGAGCGCACGCGAUGUAAGUGUAAGCAUGAAAAUGCAUUUACUUUUCUUUAAAAUCAUUGAUUCCACUCAGAAGAAAGAAGAAAAAUAAAGCUUUUUCCAGCUCUUCGCUCAAAACCUUUUCGGAUUGAUUCCUGUACUUUCUGACGCUUCCCGAAUCUCAUCAAUUGAUUGUUUGGGGCGCUUCCUUGAAUCAGGGUGAAUAUUCUUUUGUUUUUUUGUUCCGCUUGAAAGGAGACAUCACAACAAGCGAGUUUGAUUUCCCCGUAUAUACUACAUUCUGGUGCAGUUCUCUUGCAGAUAUUCUUACCAUAUUCGAAUGAUUUCUUUUGAUUCGAGACUAAAGGCUAUAGCACUGGCUAUGACCGUGCUAUGGCUAUCCUUUUCUACCGUUAUACACACUUUUUUGACAAGGAAGAGGCACGCAAAAAUCAAAACCUUUAAAACCCAGGCUACCUUGCAAACCUUAUUUCUAAUUUGGUCCAGCAUGUCGUAUCGCUUCAUUUUUGACAUAGACGACUUUGAGAGUGAGGUGAGACAGUGGGCCGCUAACAGGGACAUGUCAUGUGACGAAAACCAUGCAAGCCGGCAAAAUCUUAAGUUUGAUCCAAGAGUGUGGAACGGGUUAGCAUGGAAGCAUUCUGUUUUGGCGAUGCAACUAACAGUGGUUCUUCUCGUCGCUUACAUGAGAUUGUUUCGAAGUGUACACGAGUCAAUUGAGUCACUAUACGAGCAUCGCGCACAGUCCAGAAUAACCGAAUGCAUAGGUGAAGCUACUCUCGGUCUAGCCACUUCUAACAAGAAGGGAAAGAAAGUCAGUUUUCUUCUUCCUGAGCCUCGGCUUUUCAGCAUAGAAUAUCUCGAGAAGAAAGUUCAUGUUGUGGGUCAUCUGAUAUUGCCUUCCAAGAGACAGAUACAGUCUGCAUUCGUGUGUUUAGGACUCGGCACUUUCUUACUUCCUAGAGCGCUUCACCAUGCCUUUCAUUUUCACUUCAUCUGUGCAAAAUGGCUCAAGUUUACGUCCGACAAUCUAAUUGCAUCAAUCUUGCUCUUCACAGGGUUUGAAUUGGCCAGUAUUGCCAGUCUGAAACUGAGCUCGCCCACCAGCCUAUGCAACAUCAGGGUGGCAUUUUCCCGCUUUAUCCAAUUCUAUGGAGUUUUUCUUUUGCUCAUAUCCAUGCUUGCGUUGGUGCAGGCCAAUGAUACGCUAAAGUUGUACGUCUACAAAAUGUUGGCUCCCUGCGGCAGCGCUAAUAGAUGGUCUUCGUUCUUCGAUGUGCGCGUUCCGAACGAGAAUAUCUUGUCGGCCAUUUUAGGGGAGACUAUGAUGAAAUACACGAAUGGAAAACUAUCUGAAAACUUGAGCCCACAGCAAGCACACGAGGUGAUCCAGGGUGCCAUUGAUCUUUUUGCGCGGGGUUUGGGUGACUGUGUGACUGUGCUAUUGUUUGCGACUUUGGUUUUCGUGCCUGGUGCGCUUGUCCACGUUUGCGGCUAUUAGGUGGGAGCCGCUUCUGCGUUGUUUGGAGAUGUGGGCUUUUGGAUCAUGGAAUAUGAGACAGCAUGGAAGACCAUUAGAGCCCUCCAGACCCACGACUUUAUAUUUAGGAGGUUUUUUUUGGAUGUACCCGAAAUAAUAUUUAUACGUAUUAGCAAACGUGAAGCAUGUUUCUGCGAAAGU